UCUUUACUACUCGUAACUCCUCAUUCACCGGUUCACCUACAUUCCUGUAUAUUUAUAUAAUUAUAACGUACUUUUAAUAUUACGCUAAAAUUGGUUUAACGGAGAGUUCAUGAUUACAAACGCGAUUAAGUUAAAACUCGAAUAAAUGCAAAUCGUGACUGGUGCAUGUCAGUGUUCUAUUAAAUCAACAUAAAGAUAGACGAAUUUAUAGAAAAAUUGCAUAACCUGUUUUUGUAUAUACAUCUCUUCAAAUACAGUAUCAUUCAAUACUAAGGGUAGAAUAUUCAGUAACGUAAAAAUGUCUCGAUUCUUAGUCAAUUUGUGUCCACAAAUAAAAAAACUCAUUACAGUUACAGCUUCUCCCAUGACAAACUCGAAUUUUACGCUGCUAAAAAACACGCGUAACUUUUCGGUAAGCUCGAAAGUGUUUGCCUGUUGGCCGCAAAUACAGAAACCUGCUCCUGAUUUUGCUGGAACAGCAGUUGUCAACGGUGACUUUAAGGAUAUAAAACUCUCAGAUUACAAGGGCAAAUAUGUCGUCCUGUUUUUCUACCCACUGGACUUUACAUUCGUGUGUCCGACUGAGUUGCUGGCAUUCAGUGAGAAGAUAGGAGAUUUCAAGGCAUUGAAUACUCAAGUGAUCGGAGUGUCAACGGAUUCGCACUUCAGUCACUUGGCAUGGAUCAACACACCGCGGAAGCAAGGUGGACUCGGCGGUGAUUUGGGUUACCCAUUGUUGUCAGAUUUCAACAAGCACAUUUCAUCGGCCUACAAUGUGCUUAUCGAAGACGCCGGUGUUGCAUUGCGUGGGCUUUUCAUAAUCGACAAGGAUGGAAUAUUACGACAAUUGAGUGUAAAUGAUUUGCCUGUUGGGCGAAGUGUAGAGGAAACAUUACGACUUAUAAAAGCUUUCCAAUUUGUGGAGAAGCACGGCGAGGUUUGUCCAGCCAAUUGGCAACCAGAUUCCAAAACAAUCAAGCCCAACCCCAAAGACAGCAAGGAAUACUUUGAGUCUGUAAAUUAAUAUGAGUUUUCAAAACUAUUAAUAUAUUUAUAAAUAUACACACCUAUACACUGGUUGGGAGUAAGAUAUAUGCAGUUCCAGAGUGUUUUUUGUAAUGAGAUAACAAAUUUUAGGAACAUUACAACAAAAAUAAUGAAGAAAGAAUUCUUAUGACUUUUUGUAGCGCAUUUUUAUCCUAUAUUUAAGAAAGAGCCUCGUUUGUUGGGUAUGAAAAUUCUUUCGGAGUAUCGAACAACUACAAAUUUCUCUGUGUUCGACAGUAAAUUAUAUAGAAAAUAAUAUUCUAAACUUAUAGAACGAAUUCGAAAGUGGUGAAAAAAUAAACUUUGAACAAAAACGUC